AUGGCCGACGAGCAACUACACGAUCCUAUGCACGACCAUAUGCAGAGUUUGGACUUGGAAGGAGCCAAUAUUCCACAAAUGCAGUCACAGAACGAUGAUUGGUAUAUGGACGAAAGGAUAAAACGGUUAUUGCUCGACCUACAGCGAACUUGGUUAUUGGACUAUCAAGCUAGCAGAGAAAAAGUGUUAAUUGAAAUUACAGAAAGAGUAAGUUGGUUUAAUUUUGGUUUUGGUUUUAGGUCACACUUUGAAAAAAGUUCUUGCUACAAUCUCGAACGGAACAAGGAAUAUAGUUUUAUAAAGGAGAGAAUAACCUUUUUGAAGAUUUAUUCUUAAUUCUUUUUGAAGGUUUAUUUAUUUUUUACAUUUCUUAUAGAUUUUCUUAUAUGUUCUGUAAUAAACAUUUUAUUUCAGCUACACGCCGAAUUCCUGGCAGAUCAACAAAAGAUUCGUACAGAUUUACUCACACAAUUUAAGGAAGAGCUUGAUCAAACACGGUAUGUUAACAUUAGAGACGUUUUUGCGGUUGUGUUAUAUAGUUUUUUGUUUUCAUGCGGUAAUUUUUAUACUUUUAUUAUGUACAUCAGUUUUGUAAUGUCGUUAAUUAAUAAAAUACGAUAUAUCUUCAGAUUAAUGUAAAAGUUACUGUUGUUUUAAUAAUUUACCAAUAAUAAUAUCAUAACCAUUUCAGAAAUGACCUAGAAGCUCGGUAUAAGGAAAGUCAACAACAAGAAAUCGCCAAGCUGACGGAACGCCAUCGUCGUGAGAUUGCGUCGAUCAAGAAGAAGCAGUGGUGCUGGCAGUGCGAGACCGAAGCCAUCUACCACUGCUGUUGGAACACAGCCUAUUGUUCAACGGAAUGCCAACAACGACAUUGGCCAACACAUAGACGUUUUUGCCGGCGGCGAAGACCAAACAAUUAA